UGGCUACCUGUUUCAUAUGUCAGGGACAUGGUUCUACCUCUCAAUGAAAGAAUUCUGAAGGACAAACUCUGGCAUAAAGUUAUUAAUAAGUUGAAGAAAUAUGAAUCCAAACUUGUUUUCAAGGUCGACACUGUUAAGGGUGAAGAUUAUGAGGUGAUGAAGUGGCAGACAAACUCAAGCGCAUUGAACCACCACAUGAAUGGUGGUGGCAGUAGGGGCCACCUGAAAACAUGGCAAGGGCCUGCAGUAUCAAACAGUGAGAAGCCCAUCCAAAAAUUGUACCCCCCUCUGACGAAUUGUUUGAAAGUUAGGAACAUGUUCAACUUUGAGGUUGAGAUAGGUGAGGAUUGGAAGAGGGUCGUAAGGGACGCCAUCUUGGAAAAGGUAGGUCCAGGCCAUGGUAUUGUCAGUCUGGUUGUUGAUAACAAAUCUAAAGAAGGCUGUGUAUAUAUCAGGUGUGUUGAUGAGAAGAAGGCAGGAGAGGCAUUUGACAGCUUGCACUGUUGGUGGUUUGACAACCAACUCGUAACUGUGAAGUACCUUCGAUUGCAAAGGUUCCUUGAAAGGUUCCCAGAUGAUGCCAACAACACGAAACCCCUACAGCCGUCUAAUGAAGCCAGACUAUCCCUCUCUUUGCCCUAC